AUGAAAGUUUAUCAUUACACUUCAGAAGCCGGCAUCAAAGGCAUUAAGUCAUCAAUGAAGAUAAAACAAUCAACUGAUAAGAAGAAAGAUGCAAUGCUUGGAGAAGGGGUUUAUUUUACAACAAUGACUCCAAGACAACACUCCAAAGAAGAGAUAAUCCGAAAUAAUUGGGAUGGUGCUGUAAUGGCGAUGCAUACAAACAGAUUGGAUUGGGCAAUAGAGUUGGACAUUCCACGAAGUCGACUAAUGAAGAACGAAAGUGAUGGGAGAGAUAUAUUCGCCUUCCCUGGAGAUGUUAACCUGAAUGAUUUCCCACAUCAAUUCAUCAAAGUGGAUGAAGACCUGAACAUGACGAUCCAACCAAUGAUCAUGUAGACUUUGAUGCUAACUAACUAUGGAUUACAAAUAAUACAAUUAGGACUCAUAUAAAUGAUGUAAAAAAUAUAACAAAUAAUAUACACAAAUUAAAAAGAUCUUCUAUGAUCGAGGACAAAUACAUGUACAUGUAUAAGAUUCCAGGUUUUAGUAAUGAUGUUUAUUGAGAAAUAAAAAAGAUGGUUAAUGUUUAGAAAAACAUUUGGGUCAAUUAUUUCAUUCAAGCCCAUCUAUAAACUUUACUUUUAGCAAGGAGAAUCAAC